AUGGACGACGACGUCGACGCCGCGCUCGAGCGCUUCGUCGCCGCGAACGCGGGGGUGCGGGAGGACACGAAAGAGAUCUUCGGUGCGAUCGCGGAUCUUCGAAAACGAAAGCUCUGGCACGAACUCACGCUCGCGAUCGAGCGCGCGCUGGCGCCGCCGUGCGUCGAUGACGUCGUGAAGGCGCUCCCGGGAGGGGCGCGCGCGCUGUACGACGGCGUCGUGCGAGAGGCGGAGACGCGGUUUAAUCCGUUGAAGACGGCGCAGUUGGCCGUCGCGGCGAGCGACGCGCCGGGCGCGGGAACGCGGGCGGAAGCGAUGGAGUUUCUCACGGAGACGUCUAAGAGAUUGGUGGAGGCGCACGGAAGCGAGGCAGCGGAGCCGGAGGCGUACAUUUCGGCGCACGUGACGCUUUUGAGAUUGUUGGAGGGCGACUUGGAUUACGCGAAAAAGGCGGUGACGGAGACGGAUAAAGCGAAGCUGGAGGCGCUCGUGGCGCCGGAUCCGAGCGUGAGUGCGGCGUUCCAUUACGUCGCGAGUCGGUAUCACAAGGUGAAGGAGGAGUACGCGGAGUUUUAUAAGAGCGGGAUGCUCUACUUGGCGUACGUCUCUUGCGAGUUGUUGCCGAGCGAGACGCGCGCGGCGCUAAGCGUCGAUCUCUGCCUCGCCGCGCUCUUGGGGGAGAACGUGUAUAACUUUGCCGAGCUUCUCGAGCACCCGAUCGUGGAGAGCAUCAAGGAGGGUCCGUUCGUAUGGCUCAUGGACGUGGUCAAAGCGUUCAACGAGGGCGAUUUACACCUGUACGACGAGCUGUGCGUCAAGCACGCGAAGAGCCUGAACGCGCAGCCAGCGCUCGUGGCAAACGAGCGCAAACUCCGAGAAAAGAUCACGAUUUUAUCGCUGCUGCAAAUUAUUUUCAAACUCCCCGCCGAUCAUCGGGAGAUUUCCUUGAGCGACAUCGCGGCGAAGACCAAGUUGACCAUUGACGGGGUUGAGUACCUACUCAUGAAGGCGCUUAGUGUGCACUUGAUCGAGGGCAUUAUCGACCAGGUGGAAAGUAAGGUUGUGGUGACGUGGGUGCAGCCGCGCGUGCUGCUUCGAUCGCAAAUCGCCGAACUCUCGGGACGUCUGGAGGACUGGAUCGAGAAGGUGAGCGCCGUACACGGCGACCUCGUCGACCAAAUCGCGGUGUUCUGA